CUAAGAUAUCCAUGACGUUUUUAUUUGAAAUUCUUUGCUUAUAGUUCAAAAAUAAAAAUAUCAAUUGCAAGAGGAAGAACUUAAGAUAUGAACAAUGGUGAGACUUGAGAUUAUACAGAGUGUUAUUAAUUUUGUAAUACCUUUGUUUUGUUGUAUUAUUGAAGUUUUUGCUCUGUUAGAAGUUUUAAGUCAACAUGAUAGCAUUUGUAUUCAAGCAAAAGAAAUUUCUUCGAAGGCCCAGAUUUUUAUUGUACUACUUAGUAUGUUAAUAGUUCCGGAUUUAGUAACGAGCUUGCUUACGAUUUUAGAUAUCAAAAGCAUUGUUCGACGUCUUGGGCCAUUUUAUCAACUCAUUUCAAUGUUGAUCUGUUUUACUGCCUCAUUUUUUCUAUUAACUGGGAUCACAAAUUGUGGAAAUCUAGCUCAAGAUAAUUUUAAAUCUGCCGUAAUUUUGGCAACCAUCGCUGGAACGAUUCAUUUCAUAUUUGGUAUCUUAGUUUUAAUGCAAAUGCCGAAAAAUAUGCAAUGGUCAAUAUCGUCGCCAUUUAAUACAAAUGUUCAGUAAAUUAAAUAUUAAAUUAAAACUAUAUUUGAGAUUGAAAAUAAUGUUUGUGAACUUGAACUUAUCUUUUAGAAGCUUCGAGAACUAUAAAAAUGUACUUUCACU